AUGAGCUGCACGGCCUUUCAGCAAAUGUGGGAGGAGGCGGCGCCUCUGCAUGCAGCAGUUUUCACAGCAGCACAGCAGCAGCAGCAGCAGCAGCAGCAGCUGUUGCUGCAGCAGCAGCAGCAGCAGCAGCAGCAGCAGCAGCAGGCUAUGCCGUCGCUUGAGCAGCUCGAGGCAGCAGCAGCUGAAGUAAACAUCGCUACAAUGGCCAGCGGGGUGCUGGAGAACGAUGUCUUAAAGCUCUUCCUCUACGCAACAGACGACACCAAAGUUGAAGGAUUAGGGUUUAGCGUUUCCUCCGCAGACCCUUAG